AUGGCGACUGAGAUGAUGUAUAUUUACAUUAAUAAGUAUGAAUAUGAAAAUUAUGAUACAAAUUCCACCCACAAUGGGUAUGAGAGUCCACAACUAUCUAAAGAAUUCAUGGCUACGCGGAUUGUCCUCUGCAUCCUGUUUUUCCUUGGUUUUCUUGGCAACAGCAUUGUACUCUGGAUUCUCCACCGCCACAUCAAACUGAAGACAUUGACUGACAUUUGCCUACUCAAUCUGGCGCUAUCAGACCUUACUCUGGCUGUGUCUCUAUUCUUGUGGGCCUACGAUUCUCAGAACAUUGCAGUGUGCAAAGCUACAACAGGAGUCUAUCAGCUGGGAUUUUACAGCGGGACUUUGUUUGUGACUUUGAUGAGUGUGGACCGCUACCUGGCCAUCGUCUGUGCUGUUGCAACCAUGCCAACCCGGAAACCUAAAUAUGGAGUGGCAGCAAGCAUCGCAAUCUGGGUUGUGUCCCUCAUCAUGGCAACCCCACAGGUGGUAUUUGCCUCCGUUGAAAUGAGUGACCACAGCUCCCUGAGUUGCCAGCCUCUCUAUCCGGAAGAAAGUCAGCAGUUUUGGAAGAUGUUCCGCAACUUUAGUGAGAACACAGUGAGUCUUUUCCUGUGUCUGCCCAUACAGCUUUUUUGCUACCUGAAGAUCCUGCUUGUGCUGUUCAAGACGAAGAACUCUAAGAAGCAUCGAGCUGUGAAAUUGAUAUUCACCAUCGUCUGCAUAUUUGUUAUGUGCUGGGUCCCUUACAAUAUUGUAGUUUUCCUUCAAACACUACAACUGUUUGAGAUGUUUAAUACUCACACGGAAUCAGCAGCUAUCAAUCUGGCCAUGGCCUGGUCUGAGAUAAUUGCACUGUCACAUUGCUGUGUAAAUCCAGUCAUAUACGCAUUAGCCGGGGAGAAAUUUCGGAAGCCUUUGGGCAAUUUGUUGUCAAGAUACUUUUUCAAGAACAGACGGUCUGUGAGAUACAAAGACAACUCGGAGAAAGACACUUCAAACACCGCUCUGAGAUCCCAUUCGGAUACUCGAAAUUAG